AUGACGGAGCUCAGUUUCACCAAGCAAUUCCUCUCAACCUUGAGCUCUCGUCCGAUCCGCACCAAUGCCGACUUUUGCGAGGACGCACGCAAGCUCCCGGCUCGCACUCCCGUACACCCCCCCCCCCCCACCUCCCAUCUAUGCAUCCGUUCAUCCAUCCAUCCAAAACUAACCAACCGGAACCCAGUACACCCUCCCCAGAACUGCAAAGCCAAAGUCCAAAAAGGCAUCCCUCGCCUCCUCCGCCACCUCUUCCAUCCCAACCGGUACCCACCCUCACCCCCAUUACUUCCAUUCAGCCAUCACACCCUUACUAACCGUCAAAGCAAACAUAACUCUCCGCUCCCUCCGCGGCGCCUCAAUAACCCACCCCCUCCCCGCAACGCCUCUAUCCACGAGCAUAAUCACGCUAAAGCACCAGUUAUCCACGGCCAGUAAGAUACCAAUUGAGAAGAUCAAGCUACUGCUGAAGGGGAGGGUGCUCAGCGACCUAAAGACACUAGAGGGGGUCGGUGUUAAGGCGGGGGAAGGGGAGGUUGUGAUCAGCGUCAUGGUUAUGGGUGGCGGGGGGGAGAAGGAAAAGGAGGGGGACGAGGAGAAGGAGAAGGAGGGGGAGGAGGAGAAGGAGGAGAAGGGAGGGGGGGGGGAGGGAAUCGUUGUGGACGAGGCUUUUUGGGUGGAUUUACGGGGGUGGCUGGAUGGGAGGGUUGGAGGCCAGCUUGCGGAGGAGAUGCUUGGGGUGUUUAGGCGGGGGUGGGGGACCAAGUGA